GAGAGAGAGAGAGAGAGAGAUCAGCGCUGAAGAUUGAGAGGGAGGGGGAAGAAAGGAGAUAAAGGGGGAUUGUAGGGUCUUCACCAAACAACUCGUGAAGCAUCUACAGGUCGUGUAUUGUUAACCCUCUUGUGUUCUUAGUGAGCUGUAGGAAAAUGACAGAAGCGGAGCUAUAUGAUGAAUAUAAAGGGGUUUACGUGCCUAAACACCUCCACCCUCCUGAGAGCCUGAAAUACUAUGAGGACUUCACUUUCCGGCCGGACGACGUGCUUAUCGUGACCUACCCAAAGUCCGGUACGACAUGGCUGCAGGAGAUUGUACCACUGGUCCUCAGCGAUGGAGAUCUCGCCUCGGUUCGGACUGUACCAAACUGGGACAGGGUACCCUGGCUGGAAGAGCAUCGAGCGGUUUUGCUGAAUCUGGAGCAAAGACCCUCGCCUCGAGCCUUUGCCACCCACUUUCACCAUUAUAUGAUGAACGAGUCGUAUUCCAAAGUGAAGCCAAAGGUCAUUUACGUAAUGCGAAACCCCAAGGAUGUGUUCACGUCUUCCUUCUACUACUAUGGAAUGGCUUCCUACUUGGUGAAUCCAGGCACUGCUGACGAGUUCAUGGAAAGGUUUCUAAACGGAAAAAUAAUGUUUGGUUCAUGGUUUGAUCAUGUGAAGGGAUGGCUGAACGCUAAAGAUCAAGAGCACAUUUUCUAUGUUGCUUAUGAGGAACUGAUACAGGAUUUGAAAGGAUCUGUCUCAAGAAUUGGCCAGUUUCUGGGAAAAUCUCUAAGUCCAGAAGUGGUCGAGAAAAUAGCCGAAAACUGCGUUUUCAAAAACAUGAAGCAGAACAAGAUGUCCAACUACUCUCUGGUUCCGGAAGAGUUCAUGGACCAGAAGAAAUCAGAGUUUCUCAGGAAAGGAGUUGUUGGAGACUGGAAGAACCUUUUCACAGAGGCCCAAACACAGAGAUUCGAUGCUGUGUAUAAAGACAAAAUGAAGGACGUGAAGUUUAAAUUCGCCUGGGAUUAAUGGAAAUCACUAUAUCCAUAUAACAUUAUAUAAGUGCCAUUACGAUGUUAUAACUGCACAGGGAAUUUUGUGCACUUUCUUGAUAGUGUGCAAGUGCAAUGUUCUCUUAAAACACUAGAUUUAUGUUCAACUUGUUUCAGGUACAGCUUGGCGUUGGUACAGAGAUUAAAAUAGUCAUUAUCUGACUCUUAUGGCAUUUGUUGUUUAUUCUAUAGAACAUGUAUAACAAAAAUGUUCGACACUAUGUUUGUAUGAUGCCAGUAAGGCAGGCACCAACUGAACCAGUGUUCACAGGUUGAGUUAGUAAUGAACUGAACCACCUCUACAAGAUG